AUGCGCAGGGUCCUGCAGGGCGUCUGCCUGUUGCUGCUGCUGCCCUGGCAGCGCUGCGCCGUCAUCACGGGGGCCUGCGAGCGGGACGCGCAGUGCGGGAGCGGGACCUGCUGCGCCGUGAGCCUCUGGCUGCGGGGCCUGCGGAUGUGCACCCCGCUGGGCCGCGCGGGCGACGAGUGCCACCCCUCCAGCCACAAGGUGCCUUUUUUCGGGAAGCGCCAGCACCACAGCUGCCCCUGCUCGCCCAACCUCACCUGCUCCCGCUUCGGCGACGGCCGCUACCGCUGCUCGCUCGACUUCAAGAACAUCGACUUCUAG